AUGCGUUCUUGGUAUGGAAGAGGCAAGUCUCUCCAGGUUGCUGUGACUGCCUGCUGUUUAGUUGCGUUCAUCUUGUUUGGAUAUGACCAAGGUGUCUUCAGUGGGAUUGUCAACAAUGAGGAUUGGGUUGAGCAGUUCAAUCAUCCGAACGACUCGGAGGAGGGUAUUAUUGUCAGCUGUUAUAAUUUGGGGUGUCUUUUGGGGUGUUUGAUCAACUUCUUUAUCGGCGAGUAUCUCGGCCGUCGCAAGACCAUUUGGUUAGCUAUGGGCGUGGUCAUUGUUGGCGCAGUUCUUCAGGCGUCGGCCUUUACAGUGCCGCAUCUCAUCAUUGGUCGACUAGUGACCGGAGCAGGUACCGGCCUGAAGACUUCCACGGUGCCGAUGUACCAAGCCGAAAUGUGCGAGGGCAAAACCCGAGGCCGCCUCAUCUCUUCUGAAGUGCUCUUCACGGCUGUAGGCAUCGUUGUGGCUUACUGGUUUGACUUUGGAAUGUCCUUUGUCGGCGGACCCAUUGCCUGGCGUCUUCCCAUUGCAAUGCAAAUAAUAUUUGCUGUCUUCGUCAUUGUUUUGGUAUUCGGUCUGCCCGAGUCUCCUCGCUGGCUGAUGAAUCAUGGCCAAGAACAGGAGGCCAUGGAUGUCCUCUGUGCUGUCUAUGAUCGACAACCAGAAGACGAAUAUAUAGUCACGGAGCGCCGGGCGAUCUUGUCUGCCAUUGAAUUGGAGGACUCCGUUAACAAGAAGUCGUUUUGGAAGAUUUUCCGCAAUGAUGAGAUCAAGACGGGUCAGCGUGUUCUCCUUGCAUGGGGUAUGCAACUUAUGAACCAGGUGGGAGGAAUUAACCUGGUCGUCUAUUUUGUUCCGACUGUUUUGAAGAACAAUGUCGGCAUGAGCAGCCAGCUUUCUCAAAUCCUAGGUGGAUGUAUUCAAAUAAUGUUCAUGCUCGGCUCCCUCCUACCAGCGUUUAUGCUUGACCGCAUGGGCCGUCGGCGAACAAUGAUGAUUGGUUCUCUCGGCUUGGGCAUCUGUAUGAUGAUGGUUGCAGCGCUACUGUCACAAGUCGACAAACCGAACGGCACAUCAUAUGCAUCCGCAUCAGUCAGCUUCUUCUUCCUGUUCAUGCUAAUCCACGGUAUGUCCAUCAACUCGGUUCCGUGGGUGUACGUGCCAGAGAUAUUGCCUCUCGAAGCCCGUACGAAGGGAACGGCCAUUGGUAUUAGUUCGAACUGGCUGUGGAACUUCGUGGUCGUCAUGAUCACCCCAGUGAUCAUCAACCGCCUGCAGUGGAAGGCGUAUCUGAUCUUCAUGAUCACCAACUUCCUCUUCGUUCCGGUGGUCUACUUCUUCUACCCUGAGACUAGUAAUCUACGCCUGGAGGAUAUUGACCUGAUCUUCUCUCGGGGCGGGGACCCAGUGAAGCAGGCUCGGCUGAUGGCUGCUGAAAUCAAGGCUCACGGAUAUAUUCAAAACGACGGUCUCAUUGGCGAGAAAGAGAUCGAGAGUGUCAACGUGGAGCAUGUUUGA